AUGAAUGGUAAAAAAAUUGGGGCUCAUGUAAAGGUAAACAUUCGAGAGAUAUCCCUGCUCAACAAUCCGGCACGCUUCGACGAGCAAUACAACUUUCGCAUCAAAUUCGAAGCCAUAGCUCCGUUAGCGGAGGACCUAGAAUGGAGACUGAUAUAUGUUGGUUCUGCAAAGUCGGAGGAAUAUGAUCAAGAGUUGGAUUCAUGUAUGGUCGGUCCUAUACCAGCAGGAAUCAACGCUUUUGAUUUUUCCGCCCCAGCUCCAGCUCAUCAUCUACUUCCUUCUCUCGAACCAGAGGAGAUAUUAGGGGUUACAGUGAUCAUCAUCACUGCUUCAUAUAGAGACAAAGAGUUUGUUCGAGUUGGAUAUUAUGUGAAUACAUAUUAUGAAGAAGAAGAAUUAAGAGAAAAUCCUCCUCCUAAUGUUCAAUGGGAAAAAUUGUAUAGGAAUGUUUUGAUUGAAAAACCCAAAGUGACUCGAUUUCAAAACCCUUGGGAUUCAAUCAUCCAAUCAACUCCAUUUGACACUCCUAUUCAAAACGAACAAAUCACUCAAUCAGAUCAAAAUCUAUCAACGGAAAUGUUCAGUGCACCAUUACCUCCCCCAGUUCAAAAAGUUGUGAGUGGGUACGAUGGAGGGAUGGAAGUGGACCAAGAGGUUGUUUCAUAG